UCUCACUCUCUCUCUCUCUCUCAUUUAGGUUGUGUCAAUGCGGUCAGGACUGCGUGGUUGGCUAGACGCGGGCGAAAUGGGUAACUGGCUUCGCCACGUCCGUGUGGCGAAUUCACCUAUGUAUGGUAACCUGCGUCACCUACUGCUCGCUGGACAGAUAUUCUACGAAGCCAUAAGAGACAUACCACCCUCAGAGGAACUCCUUCUCAUACGCAAGACAGUUAUUGAUCUGGACACAACUGCCAUUGAUGACCAGGUGGAAGUGGGCUCGCCCGAGGACCGUUCAGAGAACACCGGAGACGAUGACGAGGACGACGAGGACGAUGACCUGGCCAGGUUCAGGUGUCUCCAGUGCGACAAGAAUUUCACAGACUACGACGAGCUGGACGACCAUCUAGUGACGGCUCACGGCUUCGCCGCCGGUCAGUACCGUUGCGAUUACUGCCCUAGAGCCUUCGCCUGGCGACCGAACCUCAUCCAGCAUAAGACGGUACACGGAGAGUACAAGCGGUACCCGUGUGAGAACUGCCCGCGGGUCUUCACCGACGCCAUGGUGCUGCAGAAGCACAUACGCAACCAACACGCGGGGGCUCGAUCUCACGCAUGCCCGGAGUGCGGGAAGACCUUCGCCACUAGCUCAGGACUCAAGCAACACACGCACAUACACUCGUCCGUGAAGCCCUUCCAGUGCGAGGUGUGCUUCAAGGCGUACACGCAGUUCAGUAACCUGUGCCGCCACAAGCGCAUGCACGCCGACUGUCGCCUACAGAUCAAAUGCACCAAGUGCGGACAGGCGUUCUCGACGGUGACGUCGCUGGCGAAGCACAAGAGAUUCUGUGACACAGCGCCGUCAUUGUCGUUGCCCCCAGGACCGCCCUCCAUGCACGACAACAAGCAGUCUCAUACCGGCUUGUCCAUGAGCAACGUAUCCUCCUCGCCACCUAAUCCCUUCAUGAUGUAUCCACGGCCACCACUGCCCCUUCUUCCGCCCUCGCUGCUCUCAGGAUACCCUAUGUUCCCUUCCUUGCCCUCCCUGGUGGGUGGACCCCAACACCCGCUUCUAACCUCAUCUCUCCUCCUGCCCUUCCAGAAUACCAGUUCCCGUGAGCAACCCUUCUCGAUUCCUAAAGAGGAGAAGGAGUCUAACGACCUGGGUUGUCGCAUGCAAAUAUCUCCCCGACCUGAUUCCACAGAGUCUGCAAGCAGAGAACCCGCGUCUCUGCAGCCCCCGACCCGACUCUCUCCAUCACACUCACCCAAACAAGCGUCGGUGUUCCCUAUGAGAGAGUCGCCGCGCAGAUCAGAGCCCAACGAUGUUUCCGACGAACACAGGGAACUUCCAGAGUUCCGGAGGAGGACACCAGAGCCGCCGAAGAAGGAGGUGAGCGCAGAGUCAACUCGAGGACCUCCAGAGAGGAAAGAACAGCCUCUGGACUUGACCCUCAGGCGCAAAGAAGGCGAAAAAGACGAACUUUUUCUCGGCAGGUUUGAUAUCCUCUCCCACAGUAGCGAUUCCAUGGAAGAAAGGCUCCGCUCUCCAGCGCCUGCUGAGGUUAAGUCAGUAGAGGAGCCGAGACCUCGCCCCGACCACCCAUUCCUGCGCAUCAGUGAACUAUUGAAGGAUACCACAACCUCCUCCGCUGCACCACCUCCACCUCAGCCACCCUCGUUACUAGACACGCCGACUAAACUGCCACUGGCAUAUCCUCGACCUCUACACCCGGCAGCUCUCCUCGAUAUGUACCGCACUCUUGACCGCAGCUUAGACCGCAGUCCGUUAAUACCUGGGGGAGGUCUGGCGGGCAGCCGCUACCCUAUGCUGCCGCCCUACUUCCCUCCCACCAGCAUGGCCGGUAUGGGCCUCGGUCUCAACCGCACUACAGGUCUUGAUAUGCUGAAGGCUCAUAUGUCCAACGCUGGACGCCCAUACGGGGACAUCAGUCGCCCGUAUGACCUGAUGGCGUCUCACAUGCCCCGCGCUAAAGAUCGCUACUCCUGUAAGUUCUGCGGCAAAGUGUUCCCGCGGUCGGCCAACUUGACCCGUCACCUGCGGACUCACACAGGUGAGCAGCCCUACAAGUGUAAGUACUGCGAGCGUUCCUUCAGCAUCUCGUCCAACUUGCAGCGUCACGUGCGUAAUAUACACAACAAGGAGAAGCCCUUCAAGUGUCCGCUGUGUGACCGCUGCUUCGGCCAGCAGACCAACCUCGACCGACACCUCAAGAAACACGAACUGGAAGGUCCCAACCCCCCGGACUCUCCAGAGGCUCCGGACUCCAGCAGCUCCACCGUCGACACGUCGACCAACUACUUCAGCGACGAGAUUCGUUCUUUCGUCGACAAAGUGACGGAUUCAACCACAGACGAUGUUGUCGGAGACGAUGAAGCGAUGGACGAGGACAUUGACAAGGACCACAUCGACGUGACGACUUCGAAUGAAGAUGUGGUGAGCUCAGAGUGCACACCCAAGAGGGUACGAGUGGAGUAGCAGCACAAUAACAAGAACAAGCUUGUUCUUCAGUGGUAUCAUGCCGCAAAAGCCAAAUAAAGAGAGUCCAGGAUACCCCCACUCAUAGAGAUGCAGGGGAGUGUAAAUGUUUACCAUUAACGAUCCAGAAAUAAACUACUCAAGCUAACCUCAUUAAUGGCUGACUGGGCCCUUACCUGUCAGGGCGAUUAGCAGGACCCUCCCUGUCAGUGUAACUAGCAGGGCCCUCCCUGUCAGUGUAACUAGCAGGACCCUCCCUGUCAGUGUAACUAGCAGGGCCCUCCCUGUCAGUGUAACUAGCAGGGCCCUCCCUGUCAGUGUAACUAGCAGGGCCCUCCCUGUCAGGAUAACUGGACUUGCCUCUAACAGUGACUGGCUGUAACUACUCCUUCAUGGUGGACGAUGCAGCCUCUGCAGACGACUAUUGAAGGGGAGUUGUUUUUCCCAAAAUACGAAAGGAAUCCAAAUUUCCUCUACGUUCAAUUACAACCCAGUAAAUCCCGGUUAAUAUAUAUAUAUAUAUAUA